AGUGAUAUUAAUGGCAGCAGUUUAAAUGAAGAGAGUGCUUGUUUCUCACUCUUUUGUCCUGGCAGCCUCAGAGUACACAAAAAAGUCGUGAUCUGUAAGCACUUGGAUCCAACUCUUUCUAAAUCUCCCGGAACCCUGCCUUACUUGGUGCUUUACUUCUGCCAUUAACGCCUCCUCGGUCAUCCCCGCCCCCACCCUGCAACUUCUUGCUCUACUUUUCUUCUUCUUAACUCUCGUUAUUCAAAUCUCUCCGCUGUCGUGUCCCCCACUCUCUCACACACACAAUCGCAACCACGCAGAUUCAUUUCAGACGAUCUUCAACCAACUUGUUUCAUACUACUCUCUCUCUGCGUGUGUGUGUGGCAACGGGGUGUAUUGUAUUGUCUCUGUCCCUCUCUUUCUAUUUCUGAUUGAAUUUAUGGUGGCAUUGAAGACACUGAGCAAACGCGGUUGUAUUUCGGCGACGCGUCAGACUCUUAAUUUCAAGAAUUCUUGUUUUGAUUGGACGACGCCUCUGAAGCAAAUGGAAUCUUUUUAGUUGCUUUGUGGUUGAUUCCAGCUUUCGUUUCGUGGAUUUACGUUCAGAUCUUCGAGGAAAUUUCUUAUAGAAAUCAGACCAGAGAAUCGGAUAUGUUGACUUGUAUAGCGUGUUCGAAGCAGCUCGGUGGUGGAUCUCUCCGCGAACAAGAAGACGAUGAUACCGCUGCAACACCGAACACAACGCAUGCCAUUAAGACUCUCACCUCUCAGAUUAAGGAUAUGGCAAUAAAAGCUUCGGGAGUAUACAAGAAUUGCAAACCCUGCUCAAGAUCGUCAAAUCACAACCAUGACCGUAACUACGCCGACUCGGAAGCGGGUUCGGUGUCGGAGAGGUUUUAUUGCUCGUACAGAAGACCCGGUAGCUCGAAUUCGACCCCGAGAAUUUGGGGAAAGGAAAUGGAGGCCAGAUUGAAGGGGAUUUCCAGUGGCGAAGGCACACCAGCAUCGGUGAGUGGGCGAACAGAGUCAGUAGUGUUUAUGGAGGAAGAUGAGCACAAGGAAUGGGUUGCUCAGGUGGAGCCUGGUGUUCUUAUCACCUUUGUUUCACUGCCUCAAGGUGGAAACGAUCUGAAACGGAUUCGGUUCAGUCGUGAAAUGUUUAACAAAUGGCAAGCCCAAAGGUGGUGGGCAGAUAACUGCGACAAGGUAAUGGAAUUAUACAAUGUUCAGAGGUUCAAUCGUCAAGCAGUACCGUUGUCAACUCCACCACGAUCUGAAGACGAGUACUCAAAGGUUGGAUCUGCUGAGAAUAGCCCUGUGACGCCACCAUUGAGCAAAGAGCGCUUACCUCGCAACAUUCACCGUCCAAUGGGGAUGGGCUACUCUUCAUCGGAUUCACUUGACCACCACCCAUUGCAAUCCCGUCAUUACAAUGACACCGGUCUUACUUCUACCCCGAAACUCUCCAGCAUCAGUGGGGCAAAGACUGAAACAUCAUCAGUGGAUGCUUCUGUAAGGAGUAGUUUGUCAAGAGAGGCUGAUCACUCAGGAGAACUCUCAGUCAGCAAUGCCAGUGAUAUGGAGAGUGAAUGGGUUGAGCAGGACGAGCCAGGAGUGUACAUCACAAUUAGAGCAUUGCCAGGUGGCACUCGGGAGCUUAGACGAGUCCGGUUCAGCCGAGAAAAGUUUGGAGAAAUGCAUGCAAGGUUGUGGUGGGAAGAGAACAGAGCUAGAAUCCAAGAACAGUACUUGUGAGUGGAGGCCUUGAACUUGAAGUUUGUGUAGCCUUUUUCUUAAUAGGUGCUUGAAAGGUUCUACCCGCCAGGGCACAAUAUCACCAAAGCUUUCAAAUAUGCUACUUGAUUAGGCUUCACAUAAUUUGUGAUUUCUGUUCUUUUUAAUUUUUCCUUUCUUCCUUUUUUUUUUAUUUUUAAUUUUAAUUUUUUGUGGUGAGUGAAACGGUUGAAUGAUGUGAACUUCCUGGGGUUGGGG